UAGCUUGAAAUCGAAACAGAAAUGUUUAGACCUUAUGUGUAACAUGUAACAAAGUCUUGAUGCGCGUGACUAUAUGGUAAAAAUGAAGAAACAAUGCAUUCAGUGAUGGGGACAACCUUACUAACUACUAUGUGAAAAAUGGAAAAGACAUAACUCAAAAAGCAAACUUACAUAAACUUGUAAACAAUGGCGAACGUCGACAGAUUAAAAAUAUUUGCCCAGGAUGAUGUAGUUAACACGAAAUGGUUAGCUUCGGGUGGAUUUGGAAGCGUUUAUGAUGGAAAAGUGAAAUCCAUGCACCAACGAGUAGCAAUAAAGGUUUUGAAAUCAAAUGAUGGAGAAAAUUUAUCAAAAAGUCAAGUGGAGAGUCUGAAAAGUGAAGCCAGUCACUUGUACAAUGCCCGACACCCUAAUGUUGUGCACAUAUUUGGUAUUGUGCUGGAACCCGAUUACUAUGCACUCGUCAUGGAAUUCUGCUCUCACGGCUCACUGAGAAAUUUGUUGUACACUAUCGGCUCUGAUUUCCCACUUCCGUUGAAAUACCGCAUACUAUACCAGGUUGCCAAGGCGAUGCAUUUCCUCCACCAGAUGGAGCCAGUGAUACUUCAUCUUGACCUUAAAGCAGGAAAUGUCUUGCUUAAUGAAUACUGUGAAGUUAAGAUUUGUGACUUUGGAUUAGCUCAGACUCAGCGUCAGAUCACUUCCACCAAUGAAAACAGUGCAGAAAUGUACAGCACGAUAACACACAUGUCACCCCAGCAGUUGGAAAAUCCCAAGAGAAUCCAAAGUAAAGAGGAUGAUGUAUUUUCAUUUGGCAUCUUCAUGUGGGAAGUCAUCACAGGAAAGGAGCCAUAUGAAAAUAAUGCACCCCAUGAAAUCUUGGUUGGAGUAGUGAGCCUUGAUCUAAGGCCAAAUGAAAAAUUCCUACCUGAUGCUUCUACUGAUAAUAACCUUCUCUCUGUAUACAAACUAAUGAAAGAGUGUUAUGCUGAUGAUCCCACUAAAAGACCAAAUUUUGAUGAGUGUACUACACAACUUGAAGAAGUUUAUGAAAAUUAUCAUGAUGAUGCCACGAGCUCUGCCACAUGGGUUAUGGAUCAAGUAAAAAAAUUGAAGGCCUCUGGAUCAAACCCAACCCCUCAACAAUCGAACACCAGCAUUGAGAAGGAACAACCAUUGGCUCGCAAUGUUAAGUUAGAUGCUGCUACUGAACCAAAGUUUAAUCAACCUCAGCCGAGAGUGUCUGAAGUUCUUUAUAAUGCUCCACAGGCAAGCCAGGUCAGAGGUCAAGCACCUGGGGUCAAAGGUCAAGCUGUUGUCUUCGGUUUGGAUCAAUAUGACGGUGGGGCUGAACCGCAGAAACAAAAGAGGACAGCACCAUCGCCUGGUGGAAAUUCAAUGUCUGUAAAUAUCUCAAACUGUAACAACGUGAUGGUUGGCAGUUCUAAUGUGAUGAAUGUCACAUCACAUGGGACAUCAGGUCCUCCACGGAGCUCACCUACUGUUACAGUAAAAGACAGGAACUACAAACUGACGGACAGAGAUCUCAAUAGGAUUGCAAAGCAUGUAGGAGCAGAGUGGAAAACAUUUGGAAGGAAACUUGGUAUCGAUGAUAUGAAAUUGGACUACAUUGAAAUCGAUCACAGCAGUUAUGGCCUCCAGGAACAAGUUUUCCAAAUGCUGCGUAAAUGGAAGGAGCUUGGAUUGGCAAAGGCUGGAACGUUAUUGGACGCUUGUAUUCAGCUAGGACGAGGGGACAUUAUUGAAAAAGCUGGACUUGCUUCAUAGCAGUGAAAUUCAAUUUACCAGUGAAUGUAUACCAGCUGCAAUUUAGCACUGUUAUUUCCUUUAUAUACCCCACUCUCUUAUUGGUCGUACCAAAGGCCCGUAGCCAGGAUUUGCCA